GCUAGUCACAGCGCUGCGCUGGCCCGUGGUGCUCCGCGAGCGCCUCGCAGACGCGGAGGCCACAGUGAAAGAACAGGAGGAGAUCCAAGAGCAAGCCCUUCGCGAAAUCGUCGACCUGCAGAAGAAGUGUGACACACUGGAGUCCGAGUCGCAAGAGCACCAGGAGGCACUUAAGCGCGCCCAAGAGCAGAAGGCGCUCACGGAUGUGGAGCAUGAGCAGGAGCUGCAGAGGCUCAAGGAAAGGGAAGAGGAGGCAGAGAAAAAGCGCCAUGAAGCCGAGGAGAAGGCCCAGGAACUCCGCGAGCUGCUCGACUACGCGGACCAGGCAGCUGAGGAGGCCAUCCGGCGCAAGCGCGAAGAGCUUGAGCAGGCUCACGCCGAGGAAUUGUCCCAACUCCGGCAGCUGACGGAAGUGGCAGAUGCCCAGCAAAAAGAAGCACACGACAAGGCCGUGGAGCUGCAUCAAAAGCUCCAAGCGGCAGAGGCGGCCAUCGAUGCGAAAGCAGAGAAGGAGAAGGAGCGGCUCAGCGCCCAGCACGACGAGGAGAUCGCCGGCCUGAAGCUGCAGAUCGCCAGCGCAGAGCAGCAGCGCGACCGAGCCCGAGAGCAAGCUUUGAACCUGAACCAGCAGCUGGAGGACUCGCAGGUGCAGACCGACGAGCUUGCACAGCUGCGCGAGGCCUUGGAGGAGGCGCAGAGGACGUCGGCCUUUGACAAGGACGCGCUGCAGCAGCGCGAGCAGCAGGAGCGAUCCUACCUGGAAGAGCUUGAACAGCUGAAGCGCAACCGCGAAGCCACCGACAAGCGCCGGGCAGAGGCAGAGGGUCACCUGAGCGAGCUGCGAGAGAUGUUGGCUUCGGCCCAGAAGCGAAGCGACGAGGCUGGGGAAACGCAGAAGGAGCAGGCAACGCGGCACGCCAUGGAGGUUCGGGGCUUGCAAACGCGUUGCGAGACGGCGGAGGUUCAGGAGCAGCUGGCUGAAGCCAAGGCCCAGAAGCUCAAGGAGAGGUUGGUGACCGAGCUCCAGGCUGCAGACGAAGCAGGGAGCAAGCAGCAAAAGCAACUGGAGAAAGAGCGAGAGAAGGAGCUGGAGGACGUCCGCCAGCAACAACGUGAGGCGGAAACAGACCGGAAGGCCGCCGAUGCGCGGGCAGAGGAGUUGAAAAAGAAGCUCGAGGAGGCGGAGCUGCGGGCAUUUGAGGCAGCACACCACCAGAAGGCCAAUGUGGAUGCUGCCAAAGAGGAGGAGAUAUGCAAGCUACGACAACAAAUGGAGACUGCGGAGGAGAAGGCGGACAAGACGGAGGCCCAGGCCAGCCAACUCCGGGAGAAGCUUGCUAUGGCGGAGGUGUCGUUAAGCGAGGAGGCACAACGGCGAAUCGACCUGAUUGAGCAAGAGCGCUUGCGCAGUUUGGGAACCGAAGCAAACGGGAAGAAGACGGUGGACGAUGCGGCCACUCGCUGGAAGACCACGGCGGACCAGGCCAGUGAGCGCCUCGCGCAUCGCGACUUUCAGUCUGACUUUGGCGAUAAGGAUCGCGAGAUCGACAAACGCUUGCAAAGUGCGCAGAAGUUUUUGCAGAAGAGCGCCGAGGUUCCUGCGGGAGAGGGCAGCAAUGCGGCCGCUGCAGCCGAAAAGCCUUCAAAGGUAGCCGGGCGCCGGGGGAAGAAAGGCAGCCGAGGAUGA